AUUACAAAUAGUUUGGAGAAUAAAACAUUUAUUUCCCAUCAGACUUGACACCAAAAGUAGAGAUAUCAACUCGAAAGAGCGGAGGAAACUACUUGCAUCUCUCAGCCUAAUCUUCGCUUCAUCAAUGGUUAAAACGACGUCGUUCGGCAGAUAAAAAAAAAUAUUUCGAAACUAAAACGACACCGUUUACGUCAGAUACAAAGUAUUUAUAAUCAGAACGUCGUCGUUUAACGCUUAAAAAUCGAUGGGUUCCCUCUCCGAUGUCUUUUCUCGUCUCCUCUCGCCGUCUCUAUCGCCGUCCCCACCGAGUCUGAAACCUACAUCUCACCAGCUCUUGACGAAGCUCUCCUUCAAGUCCGAUAACGAUUACGACGUCGUCACCACCAACCGCGUGGCGUAUCCUUCGCUGGCGAACGCGAAUCUGGUCUUCUUCAAGUCGGGGAACUACAACGUGGAGGUGGUGCCGAAAGACGGAGAGACGGAGGAGCAGCUGGUGAACGAUUUCAAGAGAUCGGUGUUCAGAGCGGGCGUGCUGCAGGAGACGAGGAGGCGGCGGUUCUUCGAGAGCUCUCAGGAGAAGAGGAAGCGUAAGACCAAAGAAGCUGCUAAGAAGUAUCGUAAAAGGAGGCCAAACCCUAAACCGAAACCGUAUUCAGCUCCAGAAGUCCCUAAGAACAGAAGAGAAGUUGAAGAGGAUGAUAAUUGGGAGCUUCCUCCCGAGGAAAUUGAGAUUCCUUAUACCGACCGGUUCUAGUGAUUAACCGGGAUUUAGAUUCCGGUUUAAUGAAGUUAAUAUAUAAUCCACUAUUUUGUAGAUCUCUUGAGAUGUUUGUAGCUU